AUGUAUUAUUUUUAAUUUAUCAUAUACAUAUACAUUAUCUAACAAUAUUUGUGUUUAUUGUAUAUUUCAGUGAAAACCUGAGCAGCACUUUAAAUAAAUUGCUAAUACGGUGUCGGCUAGAUAUGGAGCCGGAAUUCGUUGCAGGAAAAAAGAAAAAAUCGGUCCUCUGGGGCAAAGUCCUGGUGAAAAUGAAAGAGGUGAACCCUGAAAUCACGCAGUCGAAAGAAGUGAUCCAAAGAAAGUUUUUGAACUUGCUGGCGUCAUAUAAAAGGAUCAAAAAGCGGAACAACUCAACUGGGAGGGAUGCCACAACAUGGGAUUUUUAUGAUGACUUCGAUAAUGUGUAUGGCAGGCGACACUCCAUUCAACCUCCAGAGCAAAAUCUGCAGUCCUCUCUUCCAGGAUUGAGUGAAAUAAAUGUUAAUGAAAAUGAGAGUGAUUCGGAUGGAAGAGACUUUGAAACGAGUGUUGCAAGCACGCCAAGAAAACGCAGUAAGCCUUCAGCAAAUGAAACACUUGUAUUCUUCAAGGAAGAAGCUGCCAAUGAACAAAAGCGCCAUGAGGAAGUAUUGAAGUUGGAAAAAGAAAAAUUGGAAAUUGAAAAGGAGAAAAUUAAAGCCAUGGAGGAGUUGAGAAAAGUGUUAGAGAUGAGGACGCGGAACUGAGUCAUAUAACAAAACUUUAUUUUUUUUAAAUUUAUCUGAAUUGAAUGUGACUUUAUUUAAUAACAUAAACGGAGAAAUUAAUUUUGUUUAAAAAAAGUUUAUCUGAAAUGAAUAUGAUUUUAUUUAAUAAUUUAUGUAGUGCAA